AAUUAUUGUCAUUGCGAAAAAUUUGUUUUUCAUUAAAUACAAACCAUAUUUUUAUGGUUCUUAUUUAUUCCUUUUUUUUGUCGAGUAUACAUAUAUUUGGAGCCAGUCGAUCGGACCUAUAUAAAUUUCAAUAAUUUUUUACUUUUUGAAGUCGGCGCACCACACAUCAAAUUAUUAUUCCGUAUAUAUAUUUGAAUAUAUUCAUUCAAGUGGCUUCAACUGGAAUAAUAUAUCACUCUUGAAAUAAAUUGCAUAAUAAGUGUAUAUAAAACGCCCACUUGCUGCUCCUUCAAGCCCCCAAAUCAAGAACCAAAAAGGAAGCAAAAGGAAGCGCAAUAAAUUUUCAAGUAAUAGAAAAAUUUGUUUUAAAACCCAAAAGAGAGAAGUCCAAGAAAAACAGCAAGAAAUUUUUUGUGUGUAAAGAAAAGUCGCAGAGUUUUUAGCAUUCCAGAGCCUGUAAGAGCAAAUAGAGAUAUUUGUUGUUGUUGUUGAGACAGAGAGAGAGAGAGACACGAAGAGAGAGAUAGAAUGCUGGGAAUUGAGGAGCUGUAUAUGCGACAGGCGACAAGUCCGCUGCCAAGUGGGUCGCCCACGCAAGAGUCUUACGAGUUUGGCAUUAACUAUGACGGCAACCAGACCAGCCCGAGCAACAGCAGCAGCACAGCCGGCAACAGCGCUAGCAGCACCAGCAGCAGCAGCGCUCAAAAUGAAGAAGACCUUGGCACCAAGACGGCAGCAGCAGCAGCUGGCAAUGGCGAUGGCGAUGUCAAUGGCGCACAGAACUUGGCCUACGACAACAAUAAUAAUAAUAAUAACAGUAACAACAACAAUAAUGCAAGUCAUAGCAAUUGCAAUCCAAUCACACUGAACGAUCUGCUUGGCUUGUGUGGCAGCAGCAACAACAGCAGCAGCAGCAAUAGCAACAACAGCAGCGGAGCGACAAGCACAGCCCAGGCGACAACAACAUCACCACCAGCCCUAACAACAGCAGCAGCAGCAACCAAUCAGGCAGCUAGCAUUGCAGGCGGCGGCGGCGCUGGAGGCAACGGCAGCAGCAGCAGCAGCAGCGGUGUAAACAACUUGCUACUUGGCAAUGCGGCAACUGCUGCAGCUGCAGCUGUCGCUGCCACUGGCGAUAGCGGUCAACUAUUGGCGAAUGCAGUCAACUAUGCACCACUGACACCAAGCUCCACGCAGUCCUCGGCCUCGCCAGGCACCAAGUCAAGUUUUGAUUACUUUCAGUUUGAAAAUGUUGCACAAAGUAACCCACUUAAGGCUUUCCAAAGAUCAAACAUCAGCUUCGAUUGCUCUGCACCCUUAUCGCCAAGUACGCCUACAUCUAUUUACAACCGCUCCUUUCACAGUUCACCUUUAGUCAGUGACAGCAGUAAUUCCUCUAGCGCCAAUGGCCUGUCGCUGGACUCGAUUAACAUGUUAUAUCAGCAGCAGAGCUUCAACAAUUUGAACAGCAGCAACAGUGGCAAUCUGGGACUGAACUUACAAAACGAUUCCACACGCUCCAACUCACCGGAGAGUCAGAAUAGCAAUCAGUCGAUCAAUGAGCCCAAUCUGCUGGACAUGAUUAAUCUGUUGUCUGUUAGCAGCAAUAAGCUCGCCUCUAUGCAACAGCAGCAACAAUUGCAGCAGCAGCAACAACAGCAAUUGCAGCUGCAGCAACAGUUGCAACAGCAACAACAUCAGUCCCAACAACAGCAGCAGCAGCAGCAGCAACAACAGUCACAGCAGCAAUUCGUUAAUCUGAGCCGCAACUAUGAACCUCAGCUGCUCAGUGGAUCGCAGCAUAGCUUUGAUUUUGGCAACUCAAACGAUUGCCUGAAUCAGUGCAGCUUGGAGAACUUCACCACCGUUGAUAUGGAGUUGGCCAAAUUGCAGAAUUUGCAACGCAUAAACACGUUGAAGCUGCUGCAAGCUCAAACCCAGCAAAUGCCGCUGCUCAAUCAGCUGCUGCAGAACUAUGCGGGCAAUAUGCCAGCUGCUGGCAACUCGAACAAUCUUAGCAACACUACAGCGCCCAGCUUAAGCAAUCUGGUGAGCGGCACGGGCAGCAGCCUGCCGAAUGUGUCAUCGAAUCCGAAUGGCGUGGAUGGCUCCAAGGAUUGGCAUUUGGAUCGCGUUGCCAAGUUCUAUAGGAGCUCGGCCUCAAUGUGCGAGGCCACAUGCACUUGGAGUGGCCAGCUGCCGCCACGCUCCCAUCGCAUGCUCAACUAUUCGCCAAAAGUAUUUCUGGGCGGCAUUCCAUGGGACAUAAGCGAGCAGUCGUUGAUACAAAUCUUCAAGCCCUUCGGUUCCAUAAGAGUUGAGUGGCCCGGCAAGGAGCAGCAAGCAGCUCAACCCAAAGGCUAUGUCUACAUUAUAUUCGAGUCCGAUAAGCAGGUGAAGGCUUUGCUAUCGGCUUGUGUGCUGCAGGUUGAUGAUUCCCACAGUGGCAGCAAUUACUUUUUCAAAAUCUCAUCGCGUCGCAUUAAAUCCAAGGAUGUCGAAGUUAUACCUUGGAUUAUAGCCGAUUCAAACUUUGUGCGCUCCAGCUCACAGAAAUUAGAUCCCACUAAGACUGUCUUUGUGGGCGCCUUGCAUGGCAAACUGACUGCCGAGGGUCUGGCCACCAUAAUGGACGAUUUAUUUGAUGGCGUGCUCUAUGCUGGCAUCGAUACGGACAAGUACAAAUAUCCCAUUGGUUCCGGGCGCGUUACCUUUAGCAACUUUCGCUCCUACAUGAAAGCCGUGUCGGCUGCCUUUGUUGAAAUACGCACUACAAAGUUCACCAAGAAAGUGCAGGUGGAUCCGUAUUUGGAGGAUGCCUUGUGUUCAAUCUGUGGCGUGCAGCAUGGACCCUACUACUGUCGCGAGCUCUCUUGCUUUCGUUACUUUUGUCGCAGCUGUUGGCAAUGGCAGCAUAGCUGCGAUGUUGUUAAGAAUCACAAGCCAUUGACACGCAACUCCAAGUCACAGACUUUGGUAGGGAUUGGACCCUCUUCGUCUUCCUCAUCGCUGGCCUCGUCCAGCAAUCGCUUGAACGUCGAUCAUAAGAUGCAGCAACAGUCGCAGCUGCAACAGCAGCAGCAGCAACAUCAGCAUCACAAUCAUCAACAGCAAAAGCUGCUGCAACUUCAGCAACAACAGCAAAGCAACAUGAAUUUGUUAUCGAAUGCCACUGCCACUAAUGCAGCGGCUACCUCAUUGUACAAUUAUCAACAGCAGCAGCAACAACAACAGCAGCAGCAACAACAACAACAACAGCAGCAGCAACAACAACAGAUGAUCUAAUGCCGUGGAGUGUCACUGUUUUAGCGUGCCAUUUUAAAGUUCUUCAAGUCCAGCGUGGAAUGUCAUUUUGAAUUUUAAGUGAAUACCAAAACUUUGCACUUUUAGGCAAAAGAAUAGAAUGCUUUGCAUUUCAGAAUGUCAGUUAGACGAAAAUUAUUUGUCUUACACACACACAUCCACAAUCAUCAUUAAUGUUAAAAAACAAAUACAUAAGAUCGAUCAGUAAUGAUGUUUAUACUAUACUAAGUAUACGUAUGCGUCUGUGUAUCAUA